CCCAUCGCGCUCGCCGUGCCUCUCGUGCUCAUUCUACCAACGCUCGCCCAGUCGUGUACCUUCACUAACAUUCCAGACAUGGCGCCUGGGGUGUUCAACGCUUCAACCUGCAUUGAAAUCAACGCGCCGUUGAGUACUGCAUGGGACGUACUGCUCGACUUCCCGUCCUAUCCUGACUGGAAUCCGUUCGUCCGCUCGCAGACCGUGACAGACGCGUUCGGUAUUCCUCUCGAUGAUCAAACGCCACACGAGAAUCUCCGCGCCAUCAUCGACUGCCAGAUUCCGCCUCUUCCUCUUCCCGUGAACGCCAGCACACCACCGAAUCUCCUGCACGCCCAGUCGUCGUUCGAGAACAUCACCGUAAUCGACGAGAACUUGAACCGUGUCGCGUGGCAGAGCAUCAUGCUUCCCCAGGUCGUGUUAAAUGCAACGCAUUGGCAGGCUUUCACCGUGAUAGAGGGAGAGGAUGGCAGUCCUGUGACGCUUUACGAAAGUUUGGAGGUUUAUUAUGGUCCGCUGAGCUAUGUGCUGGACGCAUUAUUCGCGGAGGGAUUGCAGGAAGCUUUUGUAGCUCAAGGUGUGGCACUAAAAGCUAGAGUUGAGGGGAUGGCAUAAGCAUGCAUGAGACGGUAGCCUCAUUAUCACAUGUAUGGGAACCCAAGUUGAUGCAUUGGUGAAUACCAUCUUGAUUGCCC